CGUCUGCUUUCCGGUUUCCGCUGAUUUAAGUCAACAAAAUGGAAAUUUCUCUGAAGCUCAAAAAAAAUCUUGUUACAAUGUUAGCUACGCCUAGUCUCAUAUCCUGCAACUUCUCAUACCCGCCUCUGAAAUCCUCAAGACUCAGAAUUUCACCAAAAGUCCGGAAUUUUUACCAUAUUUCUUCAAUACCCAAUUGCAGAAUUUCAAAAUGUUUAGUAUCUCUUAAACCCCAGAAUGAGAAAGGAGGGAUUCUUCAAAUAUGCAGGAGCAGCCUAAAUACCCAGAAACCGGAGGAGAACCCAGAUGUGGAUAAGGGGUCCUCAGUCUUCGAGAGUAAUGGGAAAGAAGGAAAGAACUGGACUACCUCAAUCUUGCUUUUUGGGUUGUGGGGUGCUCUCAUGUACUAUGUUUUCAAUCUUACUCCCAACCAGACGCCGUCAAGGGACAUGUACUUUUUGCAAAAGCUCCUGAAUUUGAAGGGGGAUGAUGGCUAUAGGAUGAAUGAUGUUCUUGUAUCUCUGUGGUAUAUUAUGGGAUUGUGGCCUUUGGUUUACAGCAUGCUAAUGCUUCCAACAGCCAGAAGGUACCAUCUGAAUUACAUAGAAGCAUUAGUCCCUCUCAGUGAGAGGCUAUAUCAUUGGGUAGGUUAUCAGUCUUGCAAAUCCAAUAGCCCUGUCCCUGACAUCCGCUUGAUAGCAUCUAUAAUUGCAGAUUCUAACUUGUACACUCCUUGGUGGAUUCUAGAGUUUCUUUCUAACCAAAUGUGAUAAACUAGAAAAGCCAUGAGAGCAGAGUAGAGCAGAGUAGACCAAGGGAGGAUAGCUGGAAUGCGUAGCAUGGCUGAAAUAGUACCCCAGAUUUGAUUAGAGACUAGAAUGGGGACUUGGAAGGAACAUAUGGUCCCUUGAUUCACUUGCUGUAUUGCACACAAUGCUAGUAUCACAUAUUGUGGGAGGCCACUUUUUCUGCCCAGAUUUAGUGGUCAGUCUGUCUAGGGUAGUCAACCAAGAUAUAAAACAGUGUUUUGGUA